AUGCGCUCAGACCGCGGGCGAGAGAGUCAGACUGACCCGGACGCAGCCGCUGCAGCAGCUCAUCCGCACCCGCACCCACACCCACAUCCGCACCCGCAUCCGCAUCCGCAUCCGCAUCCGCAUCGACCACGCACGCCGCUGGCGCUCGCGCUCGCGCUGUCGUCCUCGUCAUCACUGGCUUCAUCAUCGCCUGCCUCCACUUUAAACUUGACUUCGAAUCCACACAGCGCUGCGACUGCUGCUGCGCCUCCUUCGCCUACAUUGUCGGCCCGCAAACGCGCGUUGUCGGACGCUUCCCAGAGCUCAGAGUCGUCCGUGGUCAAACGUCACCUCUCGGUCGACCCCACCGGCACGGCAGAUUCGCCGAGUGACAUUGAUUCGCUCGGCGCUUCGAGGUUGGAUCUUGAAGGGUCUUCUGAACGUGGUGACGACGACGACGACGAAAUCGACAGCCAGUCGGGUGAUGUGGCCAUGGACGACGCUUCUGCUUUCGCUGCUAGUGUAGUUCGACCGACGACUCGCUCCUCGGCCGCUGCAGCUGCUGCCGUCGCCGCCGCUGGGUCUCAUACCGAAGACGAAGAGCAACUACCCAGCUAUACUUCUUCAACCCUCGCUUCAACCGCCGUCACCCCCUCCUCUACGACCAUGGACGACGAUGACGAGGGGGACGAAAACGCCGUCCCCGUCAGCCUCGAGCGCACCGAACCCCCACCGGACGGCGCGAACCAACUCGCUCUGAUCCAGGACUGGCUCCGCGACGCGCAGAACGAAAUGGCCCCAGGCGACAGUUGGUACCUCGUCUCCCGGACCUGGUACAGACGAUGGCAGACUGCCUGCUCGGGCGUACGCGACGAGAAGAGCGAUGACAACGAUGAUGCCGACUUGUCGGUUGAGAAUUUGGGACCGGUCAGCAAUGCCGAUAUUUUGGAUCAGAGCGGCGCGCUCAAGAGGCCCGUCCAGGAAGGACGUGAUGUCGUGCUCUUGUCGCCGCAGGCAUGGGAUUUCUUGGUCAAGUGGUGAGUACACUCGGUGAGGGGGUUAUGCCGGACAAAUGCUAAUCUGAAUCCUCACGUCUGAUAGGUACGGUCGCUCGUCCCUUCCCAUCGAGCGUCAGGUCGUCUCGACGGGCGGCUUCGGGAGCGAACGCGUCGAAUUCUACCCACCAACAUUCGGCCCCGUCAAAGUUCUGCCGAGCGAGUCCUUGGCCGUCAACGUUUCGAUACCCAUCGUCGAAUCUACGCCGACCAUCUCCCUGUCCUCUGGCUCAACCGUCCAAGAACUGAAGGAGCUGUGUGCGAUCCAGUACGGCCUCAGCAGCGGUCGCGAGAGUCGGCUUUGGCGACUGCCCGCCGAUGAAGAGGUCGGGUUGGCCGCGCCUUUACUCGAUGGGCCUGGUCACAUCUUUGCCGAGAAACUCAGUCGCGUCGCCCAGGCCGGCCACAGCGUCGAAUUGGUCGAACGUGGCGAGAUUUCUGGGACGACCUCACUCAACGAUGCGAUGCUCACGGACGAGAUGACGCGCCUCGCCAUCGAGGAGCAGAACGAGGACGGCAAAUGGCUCGUCGACGAAACUUCCAUCCAAGCCUCGACCUCCGCAUCCGCUUCAAGCUCGCAUCAUUCCUCCGCAGCAGCGGACGACAAGAAGAAGCUGUUCGGCACGCAAUUCUUUGAUCGCUUCGCCGUGAUUCCGAGGAACAAGACUGGAGUCGAGAGGCCUGCAGCGUCGAAUCAUUCGGGUUCGACUUUGGGAAGUGGGGGUGGCGGGGCGGGGUUGUUUGCGAGUCUUGGCGGAGCGUUGACGCGGAGCAAAUCCAAUUCGCGUUCGGGGCAGCGAGGAUUGACGGGAUUGACCAACCUUGGAAAGUGAGUGGAUCAUCAUGUCGUUCACAAGACUUUGGUAAUGCCGUGCUGAUCCUGUUGCGCACCUCCCUCUGCAGCACGUGCUUCAUGAAUUCCGCCUUGCAAUGCAUGAGCAACACCAAGGAGCUGCAAGAGUACUUUUCCUGUACGUGACACAACGUCAACUUGAGCGUCCGUUCACGUGCUAAUGCGGAACUUGUGGCCCCACCAGCUGGUGUCUACAAGAGCGAGAUCAACCGAACGAACCCUUUGGGCAUGCGAGGUCAAGUCGCCGAGAGUUUCGGCCAACUUAUCGAACGCCUCUGGUCCACCUCAAGCGGCGCCUACGCCCCGCGUGAGUUCAAACAAGCCCUCUCACGUUUCGCCCCUCAAUUCUCCGGGUACGGACAACAAGACACCCAAGAACUACUCGCGUUCCUCUUGGACGGUGUGCAUGAGGAUUUGAAUCGGAUCAAGAAGAAACCGCCUACGAGCGCACCGGAUUGGGAGGGGGGUGGGGAUAAGGAGAUGUUUGAGUUGGCGAGGACGUGUUGGGAACAGUAUAGGAGUCGCAAUGAUUCGGUCAUUGUCGAUUUGUUCCAGGGGCAGUACAGAAGUACGGUCGUUUGUCCUGAUUGUGACAAGGUCAGUUAUCUCGCAUGGGUCGUCCCUCGCGCAAUCCGCUGAUUCUGAUGUGCACGACGGUACAGGUCUCGAUCACAUUCGACCCGUUCAUGUACGUGACGAUGAAUCUGCCCGUGUCAAAAAAGUGGGAAGGGAGGAUCUACUUUGUUCCCUUGGAUCCGAAACGAGCUCGCUACGUCGUCGAUCUCGAGGUGCCCAAGAAUGGCACGAUCAAAACCGCCAAAGCCUUAGUCGCCAAGCUCGUCGACUGCGAUCCCAAACACCUCGUCACGAUCGAAGAGUGGAAGGGCAAGCCUUUCAAAGCGUGGUACGACGACGACAUGAUUUCGGAACUCAAUACCGAGAGGGAUUGCCUCGUCUUCUGGGAAACGAGUGGACCGUUUCCUCAGCCUAAACCUAGGGAACACGGAAGGACGAAACCUCUUCGCAUGGAUCUCGAUGCGCCAAUCGUCAUCCCCGUAAUGCACAAGGCGAGGAGCAAGUUCAGCGGCAGCUCUCACAGAUCUUACGGCGCUUCGAACCAUGGCGAUGCGUUCGGUUCCCCUUUCCUGCUUACGCUCACGUGCGAACAAGCUUCGAGUGUCGAAGCGAUCGAACUAGCUUUGGCGACACAAUACGCUCGCGUCACCAAGAGGGGAGAGGAACUGCUCGAGUUCGUCGAGCUCGAACAGGACAGUGGUGUUGCUGCUACAUUGCCGCAAGUUCACAGUGCCCCGACGGUUGGCUCCAGCAAAAACUUACCUCCUACGCCUCCGCCCGAAGCCUCGAUGGAGGUGGAUGGUGAGAUUUCUCUCUCGACUGCGGCUUCGACCACAGCUUCUUCCGUGCCUUCGACAUCCAAGACGCCCCGAUCCAAGGGCCCGUUUCAAAUAUACGUCUCCAAGCACCCCGUCACCAAACACGGCCUACCUCUCGGCCAAAGGGACUGUGAGAACACACCCGUCCUACCCCUCGAGUCACGCUUGCCUCGUGCGCCGUCGCCCGAGACGGACAUGUUCAAGACGGCACCUGCUCCCGCUCCGGGUCAUGUUCCUGGCGCUUUCCCCACCGUUGAAGAGGAGAGUUCAUCGGCGAUGUCGACUGACGCAUUGUCACCUGCACCAGUCGAGCUGGGACCACAGUCGGAGGCCGCUGCGUCUACGGCUGAAUCGACGCCUCCUCCACCUGCGUUCAAGCCUCUUGUGAAGAACGGUGACUUUUUCCACGUCGAAUGGGAGCCCGCUGCGUUGGCGCAUUACUUUGGCGGUAAUGGUUCGGACGGGGACCAAGCGACGUGGCUCCAAGUCAAAUCCCUCGUUGACCCUGUCCUCGCUGAACGACGCAACCGCCCGAGGGGAACGAUGAAGAAAGCCAUCACGAUCCAAGAUUGUUUGAACGAGUUCACCAAGGAGGAACGAUUGGGGGAGGACGAUACGUGGUAUUGCCCCGUAUGCAAGAAGCAUCAACAAGCGACGAAAAAGGUCGAGUUGUGGAAGGUCCCCGACGUGCUCGUCUUUGCGUUCAAGCGCUUCAGUGCAAAUCGGUACUCAAGGGACAAGCUUGAUGAUCUUGUGGACUUCCCUCUCGAGGACUUUGAUAUCGAGCCUUUUGUUGAGGGUGUAAAGGUCGAACGAAGGUUGGCUGGCGAGACGGGCGCGGAGGAACCCGAGUCGCUCAUUUAUGAUCUUUAUGCUGUUGAUAACCAUUAUGGUGGGAUGGGCGGGGGGCAUUAUACGGCGUAUGCGAAGAACCAUGAGAAUGGCAAAUGGUACGACUUUGAUGACGUGAGUUGACUCCUGGUGGGACUUUGCGAAUCAGCCCAUUCCCCUCGCUCAACGCUGACAUGUGCUCCCUCUAUUCUCUUCCGCAGUCCCGCGUCUCGGAGAUCAACAACCCCGAAGCCGUCAAGACCAAAGCCGCGUACCUAUGCUUCUACCGCCGCCGGACGACACGCCCCAUUGGCGCCAAAUCACGCGAACUGAUUGAUUCGGCCAUCCAAUCUCGCAACGCCUCGGCAGCCAACUCGGAUGCCGGUAUUCCCUCCGGACCGAACUCACUCGAGAACACUCCGUUCGGAUCGACGGAGAAUCUUCCCUCGAACAUGCAUUCGAACGCGUUGCUACAUUCCCCUUACACCUCGAUUCGCCAAACGACGAUGAUUGACGAUGAUGAAGAAGACGACCUCAUCGGCAAUGGAGCGGGUGAUACGACGCUGUCAAGUACUGUGCGAGCUCGACCGAAUUUCUUCAAGGGGACUUUGGCGUCGGCAAUGCAGGAUAGUUCGAGUUCGAGUUCGGAUUCGGAUGUUGCUGAACCGGGGUCGCCCAGGGAUGUUUUGGGAGGGUUGGUGGAACCGAGGGACGGGGAGGAGGAUUGGAACCCUUUGAAUGGGGAGGAUGGGGGUUGGAGUGGGGUCGGAGGGGAGGAUCAGGUGGUGGAGGUGAAACUCAAUGAUGAGGAGAGGGUUGACUGA